GCGUUGCUUGACUAUGUGUUGAAUGAUGAAGUAUUAAAACAUACGAAACUGGUAGCGUAUGGACAAUCACUUGGUGGAGCCGUAUCAAUUGAUCUUGUUUCGAGAAAUGAAGAUAAGUUCAGUGGCUUGAUUUUGGAAAAUACAUUUUUGAGUAUUCCAAAAGUAAUACCAAACGUUAUACCACAACUUCGUUAUAUUGCAUUUCUUUGUCAUCAAAUUUGGCCUUCUGAAAAAUAUAUACAACAAAUUGCACAUACCCCAAUAUUAUUUUUAUCUGGAAAACAAGAUGAAAUAAUACCACCAUCACACAUGAAAGA